GGUUUCCCAUCAUGCUUCCGCUCUGAGCGCUACGUCAGCAGUGAUACAGAAACAUGGCGGUGUGCGAAACACAGCGGCCGGCUCUUUACUUUAUUUUAAGUUUUCUCGCAGCUGCAUCUUUUCACCGCGGUGUCGCCGACGUCACCACAGAUGCCCCGAGCUCAGGAGAGCCUCCUCACCGCCGGUUUGAGUACAAGUACAGCUUCAAAGGACCACACCUGGCGCAGUCUGACGGCAGUAUCCCAUUCUGGAUCCACAGUGGAAGCGGUGUGGUUCACCACCGCACAAGGUGUUGAUGGUCCCGUGUACGGUGCUGCCGACCUGUGGAACGGAGUUGGAAUCUUCUUUGAUUCCUUUGACAAUGAUGCCAAGAAAAAUAACCCAGCUAUAAUUGUCGUUGGAAACAAUGGCAACCUUGUUUAUGACCACCAAAACGACGGCUCCACACAGGCCCUCGGUACAUGUUUACGGGACUUCCGUAACAAACCGUAUCCCAUCAGGGCCAAAAUCAUCUACUACAAGAAAACUCUGACGGUCAUGAUCAACAACGGUUUCACUCCAGACAAGGAAGAUUAUGAGUUCUGCACAAAGGUGGACAACAUGAUCAUUCCUAAGGAAGGCUUCUUUGGCAUUUCAGCUGCCACUGGCGGUUUAGCAGAUGACCACGAUGUUUUGUCCUUCUUGUUAUUCAGACUCACAGAGCCAGGCCAGCAACCGCCCUCGGUGGACGCUGAGAUUCCUAAAGAAGAGAAGGACAAGUACCAGGAGGAAUUUGAGAACUUCCAGCAAGAGCUGGACAAAAAGAAGGAGGAAUUUCAGAAGGAGCACCCAGACGUCCAAGGAGAGCCAAUUGAGGAUUUGUAUGAAAGUGUGAACGACCGGGAAAUCCGUCAGGUGUUUGAAGGCCAGAAUCGGAUCCACCUGGAAAUAAAGCAGCUCAACAGACAGCUGGCUAUGAUCCUGGAUGAGCAGCGCAGAUCCGUCUCUGCCAUAACAGACGAGAUUAAUAAGAAGGCAACGACCGCCGGGUCAGGACAGCUGGAAUCUCAGCAGCUCAGUUCUGUCAUAGCAACGCAGCAGGAGGUUCUUAAAAGCCUGAAUGACCUGAGAACCUCCUUACUCAACUCCUUGAACCAGGUCGGUUCCGUCCAGCAGGGUAAUGCAGGCGGACUGGGCACGUAUGAGACGAUUCAGCAUUUCAAUGACAUUAAAGAGCACCUGCACGCUGUCAAAAGGGAUGUGGAAAACUUAGCCCAGCGUAAUGCUCAGAAUCCCGCUGAAAAAGUGGUGAAGUGCCCUGAGGUGCCUCCCAUGCCUUCCUGCUUAUCCACUGUUCACUUUGCUGUAUUUGUUGUCAUCCAGUCGGUUCUGUUCUUCUGCUACGUCGUGUACAAAAGUCAACAAGAAGCAGCUGCAAAGAAGUUCUUUUGAUGGCGUUCAUGACACCCAAAGUGCACAUGAGGGAAUGUCCAUUUCAUAAUUUUUCUUUACAAUUCAUUUUCAGAUUGUAAGUUAUUGUACUUGAACUUCUUUUUUUUUUUUUUGAAGUAGUGUUUGUUUUAAUUAAGAUAAUUUUUAAUUUGAUCAGUAAGAAAUGUGUGAAUGCUUGUGAGAGACUCGCCGUCCUGGAUUUCCGAUUCAAUGUAACAUAACCCGUACAGUAUUUUUUGGUUGGUCACAACCUUAGUUUAUGUUCAAAAGCUGAAAUCUGCCACAGUCACAAUCCAUGAAACUGAAGCAACGAAAGAACAUGUUUUGAAAUGUGCAAUUUUGUAACAUACUGCAGAACUUUCAAUGUGGGGCAUCUGCUGAAGUUUUCCCAAAUGUCUCAAGUCUGACACGCCGUCUGCCUGAACAAUUUACAUAAAUAGUCGACAAACUCC